AUGGAUAUAUACCGUAUUUAUCAAGCGGUAGAGACUCUGCCCGAUGUUCGGGCACUUCUUCUCGGCUAUAAGGGCCAACACGCCGACACAAUACAUGAAUGCUUCAUACUGCCAUUAGAGGAGUCUAUAGGAAAUUUUUCUAAAUAUCGUGAGAUGGUUCAAGCAACAAUUGAUCUACCUCUAGCAGAGAACCGUGGCGAGUUUGCAGUGAAGCCAGAAUUCGAUCCUUCGCUGAAAGGUGACUUCUGUAUGCCUUAG